GAUCAUUCUGGUUUGGCGCCUCGCGUAGCUAAUCGUAGCCGCUUUUAGGGAGAUAGUGAAAGCAAUUCCAAGAAAACGUAGUGAAAGUGAAAUGAACAAGCCGAACCUCUAUCAACGGGCUAACGGUUUGCAACGGCGAGAUGCUGCAGAGAUUCUGGAAGAGUACGGUCACCUGCUGCAAUGGCAUGGGAACGCCAAUGAAUCGCUAUUGGAUAUCGGCUGCGGCAGUGGUGAUGUGCUGAUUGAUUUCAUAGUGCCUCUGAUGCCACGGAAUGCACGUAUUCUCGGGACUGAUGUGUCGGAACAGAUGGUUCGAUUCGCGCGGAAGGCUCAUUUCGAUAGGGAGAACCUUUUCUUUGACACGUUGGACAUUGGAGCCGAGCUGGACAGUUUUUUAAGCAGCUGGGGGCAGUUUGAUCAUAUCACCUCGUUUUACUGUUUACACUGGGUUAGAUAUCAAAACGUGGCAUUUUCUAACAUUUACAAUCUACUGAAACCUGGAGGAGACUGCCUGCUUGUGUUUCUUGCGCGAAAUCCUAUUUUCGACAUCUAUGAUCAGAUGUCACGUUCCUCCAAAUGGACCAAAUAUAUGACCGACGUGGACAAGUAUAUUUCUCCUUACCAGCACUGUGAGAAUCCGACAGGAGAAAUUGAAGAAAUACUGUCAUCCGUUGGAUUUACUAAAUAUCAAAUUCAGAUAACGGAUAGAGUCUACGUCUACGAGGGGAUGGAAAGUCUAAAAAAGGCUGUCCAGGCUGUCAAUCCAUUCAGCGAACGAAUGACAUUGGAAUUGCAGGAGGAAUUUUUACAUGACUAUAUCGGUGUAUUAAACAGGAUGUCCUUGAGCAAAAGCUGUUGUGAGGAUGGCAGUGAUUUCAAAUUUCUUACACCAUACAAACUGGUGGUGGUAUAUGCUGCUAAAUAACAUGGCCAAUUUAAGGAUGUAAUAUUAAACAAAAUGUAUCAAAUUAUAAACGUAUUCCUGUGCGAUUGCAAAA